GGUGGGCCACACUAUACGGUUCUGCCAACGGUGACGAGAUGAUGAGUUGGCAGGUUUAAUUUCCUCUUGUAUGGACGGGGAUAUAUACGAUAAGUGGGGAGAGCAUAUCGACCCUAGAACCCCGGGAGGAAUCAGGAAAGAAGCUCUUAGGCGAGCGGCGGCAGGGCCAUCGGCAACCCCGACCAUGUUCAGGAUGUGGCAGGAGAAAGGAGAGUUGGCCAUAAAAGUUGAGAUUGUGGGAGAUAGCGAGGAGGUCACUCAGCGACUAAAGGCGGGGACUAUAAGAGAGGAACCAAUAGUCGUCGAAUCGGACGAUGAGGGGCAGGAAGGCGAGGGAGAGUCGACCACACUCCUCCUGGGAAGGAUGGAAGAUCUGCUGGAAAAGGUGGGGAGAUACCAGCGGAAGCUGCAAGCCCUGUGUGAAGAAGCCCGAGAGUGGGAGGCCAACCUACCUGAGGUCUUCCUUUAUGACUCCGGGCCAGAGCCUUCGCCAGGACAACAAGGGUGCCCAAGAGUGGCGACUGUAGGGACGGACCCUAGGUCAGGUAUGACCUAUAGACCCCCCACGUCGCAUGGGAGGGUGCCGCAGGCGGCUCGAACCAGGAGCCAAAAUAAGGCUGGGCCUACUCAAGAGCCCAGUCAGGCGCCCAGUCACGCACCCCCUCGAAAGGAGCCGGAGCCUGGACGUAGAAAGGAGGUGGUGGAGGUUCCGGAGGAAGAGGAAGAGGAUGACGAUGAAGAGGAUGAGAGGCUCCGACAAGAGGAGGAUCGGCGGGCGGAGCUGAGGGCCAAAAAGAGAGGGGCCCAGGAGGAGGCUGAGCCAAGCCUGCCCGACAGCGUGCCUAAGAGGAAGAAGUACGCGGUCCGGAUGGAGGAAGGCUUUGAUGUGGAGCGGAUGGUGGACAAACUCUGGGAAUGCCAUAAUGACUUGAUGAACCUAAAGGACAUUCUGGCUUCGGCACCAAGGCUCCGUGGUGGGGGAGGUGGAGUUGGUGUAUCGGCUUCCGGGAGGGAGGGGAGGCCCUGCGAUGGCCCAGGCCCGAGCGACAAGUCGGCCUUUUUUAGGGGAGGGCUUAAGCAGGGUUCCCAAAGGCGGUACAAGACCAUAGAUAAGAAGUGUCGCCCAGUUCCCGUGCUCGUCACAGAGGAUGAGGAAGCCUACUAUGAGCGGGAGCGAGGGUUGAUACGACGUAUUCGGGAGCACGCAUUGGCCGGGCCGUGCCGUAUCAACGACGAAAAUGAGGGGAAGCUGAUAAUCGGGGAGCCCGACUUUCUGUCGCCCCAGGAGAGAGCGUUGAUGGUGGGGCUGAUGAAGAAAAGGCACCGCGCGUAUGCAUUUAACGACGACGAGCAUGGGAGGUUGGAUGUCGACAAGAUCCCGAUGAUCAGGAUCCACACGGUCCCACAUGAGCCAUGGAAUCUAAGGGGCGCGCAGUACCCCAAUCCGGACGAGGAAAAUAUGGUGGUGGACUACCUGGACGGCAAGAUGCGGACGCACGUGGCCGAUUAUUACAGUGGGCCGUACGCGUUGCCUUGGUUUUAUUUUAUUAAACCAAAUGGAACGCUAAGGCAUAUGAUCAGAGCCAUGCAGACGGUCAGCCCACAUAUCACUCAGCCCUAUAUCGAUGACCUGGCGGUCAAAGGUCCGAAGGAGAAGGAGGAAGACGAAGUGAUGCCCGGUGUGCGGCGCUUUGUCUGGAAGCAUGUCCAAGAUAUCGAUCAGGUUCUGGGGUUAUUGGAGGAACAUAACCUGACGGCGAGAGGCCCCAAGCCGAAACAUUGUAUGAGGGAGGCCACGAUUCUAGGCUUUGUCUGUAAUGAGAGUGGGCGAAGGCCUGAUGUAAAGAAGACAGACAAGAUUCUCGAGUGGCCGGUGCCCUUCCGCUCGAUAACAGAUGUGAGGAGCUUCCUUGGGACGUGCGGAUUUUGGAGGAGCUUCGUGAAGGACUUUGCCACGAAGAUGGAGCAUUUAAGGAAGUUGGUGCGUCAGGAUCAAGAAUGGGUCUGGGGCGAAGACCAGGAAGAGGCGGUCGGUAGGAUGAAGGGAGAGUUUAAGGAAGGAGGCUUGGUAUUGGGAGCGCCAAACUAUGAGGCCACGGAGGAAAGACCAUUCGUCAUUGAGAUGGACGCUGGGCCAACUGCCCUGGGAGGGGUCCUGAUUCAGGCAGAUACUGAGGGGAAGGAGAGGCCGGUAAGAUUCGAAAGUCGUACCCUCAAUACAACUGGGAGGAACUACUCUCAGUUCAAGAAGGAGACGCUGGCGGUACUUCAUUGCCUAAGGAUCUUCCGAAACUAUGUUUUUGGCAGGAGGCUCAUCUUGAGGGUGGACCCUACUGCACUGGCAUGUUCCCUGAAGAAUUAUACUCCAUCUGACCCAACCGUCGCAAGAUGGUUGACCUACAUUUGGAUGUUUAAUUUCGAGCUGGAAAGGAUCCCAGGGAACAAGAACAGGGCAGAUGGGUUAAGCCGCAUCAACUGGGAUGGGUCGGACGAGGAAUCGAUAGAAGACACGCCGCCAGUUGAUGGGUUUUUGGAUCAAGAGGAGGACGUCCGCCUGCACAUAAACAAAUGGUCCCUGCGAGUGCCCAGUUGCGUCAGUCACCCCAUAUGGCUGGCACCAAAGGGGUACGAGCAGAAGGAAGAGUUAGUCCUCAAGCCCUUUCAGGAGGAGGAUCCGUGGGGAAGUAAGGAUGUUGGUUGGAUGAUGAAGUUGGCAUUGGCAGACGACGAAUUCGAGGAAGGAGAAAUCAAGGAGGCGUUUCGGGCGGAGGAGUACGAUGGGAUCUACCGGGAAUUGGGGUUGCUCCUAUCAUGUGAGAUGAGGGAUAGAGAUGCAAGUGCCAAGGCACAGAAGAUGAGGCACCUCUAUGUGGUAAGAGAUGGCCACUUGUUUAUAAAGCGGCAGGUCGGGAACCCCAAGAGGAUCAUAUGUGGGAGAAACUGGCAAAUUGAUAUCAUAGCGGCCCUACACGAUGGUAUAGCAGGGGGGCACAGAGGAGUAGGUGCCACAUGCGCGAAGAUAAGUGAGCUCUACCAUUGGGACGGGAUGCUGACGAUGGUUAUCAAAUACUGUCGGUCCUGUAUACCUUGCCAAGAGAGGUCAGCGCAAAGGCCUGGAGAACCCCUACACCCAGGGUUAGAAAGGGAAGUGGGUGCAGUCGUACACCUGGACCUGUUAUUCAUGCCAGCAGGGGAGAAUGGGUGUAACUACAUCUUCGAUGCACGAGAUAACCUUACUGGGUUUGUGGACGGACGAACUAUCUGGACGAAGACUGACCCGGUUUUGGCGAACUGCAUCGAGGAGUAUUACCUGCGAUACCCUUUUGUCAGGGAGUUCGUGAUGGAUCGAGGAUCAAAGUUUACCUGCAAUGAGGUGAGGACGUUGCUUGCAGGGUAUGGCAUAGUGGCCAACUAUACUACGGCCGCACACCCUCAAGCGAACGCUCCUGUGGAGAGGGGGCACAGUACCAUCACGAUUCUCCUGGCUAAGUGGAUAGAGGGCAAACCUGGUCAGUGGCCGAAGUUCCUACGGGCAGCUUUCUUCGUGGAGAAUGUUACUGUAAAGAGGACUACCAAGUACGCACCAACCACACUAUGGUACGGAAGGCAUGCCACCUUUCCCAUAGAAAACUUUAUGAAGACGUGGAGGCGCCAGGACUUGGAGGUGAACCUGUCUUUCGAAGAACUGCUCGAUAUUCGGGCGCGGCAAGUGGGGGCGGCCGAAGAAAGAUUGCGAGAGGCCGCUGGUCAGGUGGAAAGGAGUCUCAUGGAAGAUAAGAUGAGGUGGGACCAGAUGACACGAGUAAGAAAGGGGUCAUUGGCAGUAGGGGAUGUCGUAUUAUUAUACGACUCCUCUUUGGAAAAGCAAUGGUCGAGGAAGCUUGACAAGAGAUGGUUGGGCCCCUAUAGAAUAUUGCGAUGCGGCGAAUUUGGGGCCUAUCAGAUCGAGGAGCUGGACGGGACAGGCUGGCAGGAUUGGGUAACAGGGACCAGGCUGAAGAAGUCUGACUUUUCGAAGACAGCCAUGCAGAGGGGCGGGAGGGGCGCGUGGCCACGACAGAGGCCUCAGGGAGCAUCAGGAGGGGAUGACUCGCGCAGACCGGUUGGGAGGGAGUUUACGCCUAUCUUCGACGACGGUAACAUAGAGCUUUUUCUGGACUCCUACCAGGCACAUGCGACACGGGAGGGCUGGUCUACCCUGGAAAGGAUACGGCACCUGAGGGGAGUUGGGCGCUUCGAGGAGCCUAUUGCGCAUAUUCGAGAGGAGGCGUUGACAUGGCAGGAUGUGGAGGCGAGGAUGCAGAUGCUGAGGGCUUCGCCGAUGGGACCGGAUGGAAUGCCUAUUCGAUUGGAAGAAGGCAAUGCGGAGGAGUUCAUCCCGGCCUAUGAGCAGUAUAUGCGCGACCAGGGGACUGGGCAGGAGGAGUGGAUGCAGAUGCUGCCCCUCUGGACACAGAGGGCGGAGAGGUCGUUGGCGAGGCAGAUCCGGGAUAGGGCACACGACUGGGAGGACUGCCAGGCCCAGUUGAGACAGGCAUUUCAACGACUGGAGCCCGAGAGACCAGAGCCCAGGGUGGAGAGACGACAAAGGAAUAAGAGGUCACGGGGCCCAGAGGCGAGAGGGACCACUACGACCAGAGGGGGCCGAAAGGCCUUGGCACAGCGAGAGGGGCCAGCAGAGGCCGCCCGCGCGGUGGAGCCAGUUCAGGCCGCGGGGCCAGCUCAGGCGGCGGAGCUACCCCCGACCUAUGGACUCGAGCAGGUGGAGUUUCGCCGAAUCACGGGCAGUGAUCUACGGGGCCCGUCGUCGACGUUACCAGAGGGGGGAGAGGCGGUGCCGUUGAGGACGCCGCUCGACAGGUUGGAGGCUCAUCUCGAUGCGUCCCACUAGGGGGUGUCACAGCUGGGAGCGGACCAGAGCGGACCGGCACGGUAUGAGCCAGU